CAAAGCAAAGGCUACCGGGCUUGUCACACGAAGAUACCUAGGACCUCUUAUCCUCGUAUUAAUCCAUGCCACCCACAAGAAACCCAUUCCCGUAUCCACCUUACGAGAAUGAUAACACCUUCAGAGGGAGGGAAAUGCAGAGAGCGACUUAUAGAAACCCUCCUCACUUAGAACAACAGGAGGACCCGUGGAACCGUCUAAAUGCCACACCAACCCUAUCAAGCGCUAGGAGGACAGUUUAUUAUACUGAUCCAGAGGCUCCAUCUGACAGUUUAGAUUUUCAUCUGAAAUCCUUGUAUGAUCAUCAUAAUUCUCUCCUGAAGGACCGUAAUGAAACACUGUUUCAGAUGGAAACUUUAACAGACAGCCAUGGGAGGAUCCUAAAAAACAGAGUGAAAGAGACACCACCUCCUCAGGAGGAAAAGUCAAAUAUCCGACAGUGGGUGAGUCCACAAAGAAUCAGUGUAUAUAGCAUCGAUGGAGCCAUUGUAAGCCAGCACACAGCGGCAACCAACCGAGGAUACUCCCGUAAACAAGAUGGCGGCUACUACAGCAUCUGACAGAGAUACCACCGCUGUUCAUUGCAAUUCAUGUUCCACACGAGAAAAUAAAUAAAAUGCAUAAUAAAACGAA